UUGGAGUCGAGACUUGCAACUAAGCGGACGUGUGUGUGUUUUUUUUUUCCUUUUCUUCGGCAGUUGUCAGUGACAUCGAACUCGUUCCGUAGUUGGGACUUUAGUUCAAGUGUUUUGUUUCAAGCGCCAGUGUUUCGAUUUGCUUCGAUCUACUAAGAGAGAGAGACAACGGAUAUGCACCAAGUGUUGGACUCGUCUUCAUCAACAGCAACUCAGCAAGCGGCCAAGGAAAGCUGCAACAUGUUGACCAACGGAUCGAACCAAUACAUUCAACCGGAUUAUCUUUCACCUCUGCCCACCACGUUGGAUUCAAAGAGGAGCCCGUUGGCGUUGUUGGCUCAGACUUGCAGCCAAAUCGGAGCCGAUCCGACGCCUUCCACCCAAUCGGCCACGACCCUACCGUCGUCGUCGUCGUCGUCAUCGUCGUCGUCGUCGUCGUCCAUUUCGGUGACGAAAAGUGUAGACAAAACGUCGAAAAAAUCCUCGUCCGAAUUGUACAGCAACGACAAGACGAGCAAUCGCAAAACGCCACCCCAGUCCAGCAAGCAACACUACGCCGAUCCUUACGGCCGUCACGAGACCAAAGAGUCUGAAUCGAAAUCGGGAUUUAAAAGUCCGUCGGCAUCGAAAUCGUCCACCUCCCCUUCAAUGAAUUUGACGCAACAACAAUCGCAGGACAGCAGCAAAUUCAUGGCCGAACAGCGAAUCGCUUUGGACAUGGCCAUGCAACAACAGCAACAGCAGCAACAACAACAGCAGCAGCAGCAGCAGCAGCAGCAAAAUCAAUUGUCCAAGGAUAUCCAACAAUCGAUGAUGGCCAACGCCUAUCAUCACAGACCUUCGCCCGUUUUCCCAUCUGCCCUGUCCAGUUUGUCGGUCGGCCAUCAUCCGUUGAGUGCGUAUCAUCACCCGGGAUUGGCCGGCCUAGAUGCGGCCACAGCAGCCGCUUUGGGAGCGUUCAGACACCCGGCCUAUUCGAGUGUGGCCCACCAUUUAGGAUACCCUCAUCACGUGCCCGUCUCGUUGGGUCUCAGCUUGGCCAGUUAUCAACAGGCGUUGAGUGCCGUCUCGUACGGCCAACGACUUCAACAACAACAACAACAUAGCGCAACGAGCAAAACUGGCGAUGCGAGUCUUUGUCGCGAUCCUUAUUGCACCGGUUGCCCAAACAGCAGCCCGUCCACAAACACCCUGGCCGUCUCAUCUUCAUCCUCCUCCUCCUCUUCUUCAUCAUCUUCUUCUUCUUCGCCCAACACGUCGCCGACGACAACAACGGCAAGUACGAGCACCUCAUCAACCAGUUGCCCAGCUGGUUGCACUCAAUGCGAUCACGUGACGAGAACAACGUCCUCAUCAUCAGGAGCAGGAGGAGCAGCACCAACUCCUGGAUUAGGCCUUACGAGUUCGACGGCGGCGCUAUCGUCCAGCUUGUCGAUGAGCACGUCGACACCGUCGACCAUCGUCACGUCCACAUCAGACGCCGCGUUGAGACCGUACGUGUGCAAUUGGAUCGCAUCGGACCAUUAUUGCGGCAAACGAUUCACGUCGUCGGACGAGCUGCUGCAACACCUGCGCACGCACACCAGUCUGUCCGUCGCGUCCCAAUUGCCGCCAGCUGUCGUGGCGCCAGAGCCGUCGCUCAGCUCGCCGUCGUCCAGCUACUCGUCGCCUCACCCUCUCCCUCACCACCACCACCACCAGCAGCAGCUGCUCAAUCCGUCGUUGCAUCCGCACAGCGCUCAUUUGUUGGCCGCCUCGGCUGCGGCUCUUCAUCGAACGUACCCCACUCCGCCCCUCAGUCCCCUGUCCAUGGCCCGUUAUCAUCCGUACAGCACGACGAGCGCCAGCAGCGCCGGUAAACAUUUAAAUUCGGCUGCAUCGUUGCAACAACAUUCGCCGCUCUCAUCGUCCGUCGUUCCGCCGUCAACGCCCAUCGCCCCACCGCCUCCUCACAAUCCGCUUUUAUCGCUACAUCAUCCGUACGCCGCUAGUUUAGCUGCACUGCCUGGCUAUUAUUCGACUCAUCCUUAUUCACUUUACAGCCAACGGAUGUUGGCCGGUGCUGGAGUUUUACCUUGAAAAUUUUGUUUGUUUGUUUGUUUGUUUUGUUUUUUUGUUUUUUUUUUGGACCUGGUGAUUUUCUUUCUUUCUGAUCGAGUUGUUUUAAUUAUCCCCCAUUUUUUUUUUUUUUUCUAAUAUUUUUAGCGAGUUGACUUUUAAAAUUUAUCCUUAAAAAAAAACAAACACACACACACAUUUUGUCGAUACAUGUAUAGUUUUUUUUCUUUUCAUUCUUUCAAGUGUUGAAAGAGAGAGCCCCUUUGUUUUUUUUUUGGUUCAAAUCAAGGUUUUUCGUGUGUUUCAAAAAUAUGAAAGGAAGAAAAUCAACGUCUUCUAAUUGCCGAUUGUAAAUGACCCAACAUUUAAAAAAAAAAAUGAUAC